GAUGCGCGCAGAGAGAGAUAUACAGCUUCCAUUAGAGCCAUAAAAUAAAACUAAACACCCGCAUUUCAUCUGAAUGUGGGCAUUUACGGGCAGAGAUGAGACACUUCACCGUCCCUAACUCCGCCUCUCUGGGGCGGGAACCUGUUUGCCGCCGGGCAUUAGCGAGCGGCGCUCACUUUAAAUGGCCGUUGCUCCCUGAGGUAAAACAUGAAGGUGAAGGACGACGGGAUUGGGAGAGGCGGGGAGAAGGAGCACGACUUCCGGUUCCGGAACCUGAGGGCGGCUUCCGCGAUGGCGCCUUUCCCGGCCGGGCCGCUUCUCAGCAAAGGAAAAAACAACAAAUUCCAUCAGGGCGAGACGGGAAAAGGCCACUUGUGGUUGCAUUUUUUCACCCAUACUGCAAUGCAGGGGGAGGAGGUGAGAGAGUAUUGUGGUGUGCUAUAAAAGCACUACAGAAAAAGUACAAGGAUGUGUCCUAUGUUGUCUACACUGGUGAUGCUGGUGUCACAGCUGAAAAUAUCCUUGAAGGUGCUUACAGACGAUUCAACAUCAGAUUAAAUCAACCUGUGAAGUUUGUGUUUUUGAGAAGGCGCUAUCUUGUAGAAGCUUCCCUUUACCCACAUUUUACACUGCUGGGUCAGAGCUUAGGAUCUGUAUUCCUUGGCUGGGAAGCUCUUGUGAACUGUGUUCCUGACGUCUACAUUGACUCCAUGGGUUAUGCUUUCACACUUCCUCUUUUUAAAUAUUUAGGAGGUUGUCGGAUAGGCUGUUAUGUUCAUUAUCCUACGAUCAGCACUGACAUGCUUUCUGUGGUUAGGAACCAGAAUGCUCGAUUUAAUAAUGCAGCAGUCAUCACAAGAAACCCCCUAUUGAGUAAAUUGAAACUCACAUAUUAUUAUAUUUUUGCUUCUAUAUAUGGCUUAGUUGGUUCUUGCAGUGACAUUGUCAUGGUUAAUUCUUCGUGGACUUUAAAUCACAUCCUUUCCCUUUGGAGGUGCAGUGACCGCACCAGUGUUGUGUAUCCACCUUGUGACGUUCAGACAUUCUUGGAUAUUCCUCUACGUGAGGAAAAGAACACUGUGGAGCAAACUAUUGUUUCUGUAAGCCAGUUUAGGCCAGAAAAAGAACAUCGUCUGCAGAUCAGAGCCUUUGCUAAAUUGCUGGAAAAGACUGCAGGGCAGGAGCUGCUGCCCAAACUCAUUCUGAUUGGUGGCUGUCGUAACCAAGAAGAUGAGCAGCGUGUAAAUGGACUUAAAAAGCUCUGCCAAGAGUUGGGCAUUGAAAAAAGGGUAGAAUUCAAAGUUAACAUUCCAUUUGAAGAGCUGAAGCAACAUCUGGCAGAUGCGACCAUUGGACUUCACACCAUGUGGAAUGAACACUUUGGGAUUGGAAUUGUUGAAUGUAUGGCAGCUGGCACAAUUAUCCUUGCUCACAAUUCUGGAGGCCCCAAGCUGGAUAUUGUGGUGCCCUAUGAAGGAAAUAUUACUGGAUUUCUAGCAGAAAAUGAAGACGACUAUGCAGAUACUAUGGCCUAUAUAUUUUCAUUGCCUCCUACCAAAAGGCUAGAAAUCAGACAAACCGCUCGUCAGUCAGUGAAGAGAUUUGCAGAACAAGAAUUUGAGGAAACAUUCCUAUUAUCUGUGGAACAAUUAUUUAAAUAAACUUUUGUAAAUAGAUACCUGGACAUAAGUCGUUAUGUAUAUACAGUUGCUGUAUUUCUAUUGUACAAUAAAGGGUAUCUUAUUCCUGUA